AUGGCGGAACGAAUGAAACGACUACAGAAAGAACUACGGAAACUGAAGGAUGAGAUGUCGCCUCUUGAGGGAUCUGGACAUCGGCAUGCAGUUACGCGCCAUCUGUAUGCAGAACAUCGUAUGGAAAAAGAAAAAAACUUAAAGAAACUGAAAAAUGUACAUCCUACGUUUGGCCCACAUGGUGAGUCAGCCAACGUAGAUGAUGAUGAUGAUUUUGAGGGAGAGGAAGAAGAAGAGGAUAGUUUUGAGAGUGGAGGGGACGAUGUGGAUGAGGAGGAUGAGGCAGCCGAGUAUUUCUCGCCUGAGAGGAGGGAUAUACAUUUUAGAGCUUACACUCCUGGUGGUUCCAGUGUUCGUGUCGGCCCACAGAGUACUUUUUUUAAAGGUCCCAGUACUACUCUUCAUCAUGUCGGCCCACAGAGUGAUCUUUUUAGAGGUGUUAGUACUACUCUUCAUGAUACCGGACCGCUGGGAAUUUUGUUUGGAGGUCCUAGUAGUACUCUUCAUGAUGUCGACCCCCAACAUCGUUAUGGCGGGACUUCGGCGCACCCCCCUCUGACUAGUGAGCCUCGUUCCCGUUUUGGUGCCGCCUCCAUUGGUGCCUCUAGCCGUCCUAAGGCAGCUGCAACGUCAUCAGGUACUAGCAGACGGUCUAAGGUUUCUAACGAAGAAAUUGAUGAUUGGGUUAUGACGGACGACGUAUCUGGCGGGCCAUGUGAUGGGUCAAUGAUUCCUAGUUUUCUUGGCCACACUGCUUAUCAGUUGUGGAAUGGAGAAACAAGAGAUUACCUGACAAUGAAACCAACGAAGAAGAGUUUGUCUUGA